UUUAUAAAAAUAUUAUAUAUUAUUCAAUAUUUAAGAAGAAAAAAAAUAAUUGUUUUAAAAAAAUUUAAAAUUUAAAUAAAAAUUAAAAAAAUAUAAAUGAUAAAGAUGUUACUGUCAUUAUCAAAUAUAGUAUGAGGUUAUUGGCUUUACUACCCAAUGACUUCAUUAUGUACUUAUCGAGCAUGCCUCAAAAAAAAAUUGGUAUGCCUCAAGACAGGUUUCUUUUGGAUGAAGCAGAUUGCAAAAACUUAUUUAUUUGGUAUGCCUCAAACUUCCGAAUUUGGUGAGAGGUUCGGAUCCACAACCCAGUUAUUGGCCCAAUUACUUAUUGAGUCAGUGUAGGUCGAGGGAGUUAAUAUGGUGCAAGGAGUCUCCAAACUAACACUGAUCAUAUUUUUUUGAGUUUCCCUUCUGAAGCUUCAUUAAUGGCGGACAAAGGUAUAACUGAUGAGGAUGAUUACAUGGCCGAUCUCUCCAUCUUUCUUCCUCCUGAAACUUCUCAAAAUCCUUCCAAAGUUCCACUCAGAAAGAACUUAACCUCUAAAUGCAUAACUCAUGAGCCUUCGAAUAAAAAAUCUAAAACCCUAAAUUGGCAAGAACAAAGGAAAUUAGAUAGAGAAAGAAAACAACGAGAGGAAGAUGAGAAAACCCUAACCAACAUGGAAUCUGCAAUUCCCCAAUCAAAUAUUGGUUUCAAAAUGUUGAAGCAAAUGGGUUACAAUCCAGGUUCAUCAUUAGGAAAGAGCGGGUUAGGUCUGGCUGAACCAGUUGGAGUUGAGAUAAGGCGUUCUAGAGCUGGGAUUGGUAGAGAAGAUCCAGUCAAGGAGAAAGUUAAGAGAGAGGAAUUUAGAGCUGGAGAGAAGAAAGAAGAAGUUGAGGGUUUGAUUGUUGAAUUUGGUUCUAGGCAGAAAUUGCAGUGGAAAAGCAGAAGACUUGUUUAUAAUUACCAUAAGGCUACAGCUGUUCUCGAUCAACUGGAGAAUAAAGAGAUCAUUGAACCAAUUAAGAAGGAAGGAGAAGAUGAACAAGAGGAAGAAGAAGAAGAAGAAAUAAUCACAGAAGAGGAUUUACUAGAGAUAUUAGUUAAGCUGCGGGACAAGCAUCACUACUGCCUCUUCUGCGGAUGCCAGUAUGGAUCACUUGAGGCACUGUCAUUGAGCUGCCCUGGAACCGAUGAAGAUGAUCAUUGAAUCAAAAUAUCAGAUAGUUCAGCAUCUCCAGAAUUCCAGCCACUCGACUGUAAAUUAUGUACUAAGGAUUUGCUCCUUUAGAACCAAGUACAGAUCCAGGAGAUGUUGUGUUUGUUACAGGCCACCACAGGUCCGCAACAGAUGUCAUGGUGUACUGAACCAGAGCCAGCUUGGAUUUGAGCACUUCUGCAUGUCCUAAGAACCAGAAUGUAGUUAUGGAAGUUAUCAAGCUUCAUUUCAUUGGUGAUGCUGCUCUGUAUUAAGUUCUUCCUAGAAUCAUGGAUAGAAAAUUCCAUGAAAAUUUUGUCAAAUUCUGACAGUUAUUCCUGAUGCCUGACCAUAAAACUAAUCAUUGCUCCUAUUGGCAAUUUGUAUCAUUUUAUUGAUCAGAUGUACUGUGGUAGCUACAUCAUUCUUGAGCUGCUUUAUUUUCCCAUAUGUAUGUCAUGGUCCCGAUCCAUUCCUUA